UUGUGUUUAUUAUUAUUUAUUAUCUUAUGUAAGUAGUAAAUUUACUACUUUGCAGUGUCACAAAAUAGCAUUAAAUUGUUUAUCAUUAUAACCCAUACACACGUGUCCUAGAUAACAGUCAGAAAAUCUACUAUAUGACUAACAUUUUAAAACUGCAUUAAAAGUUACGCAAUGAUACGUGUUCGAGAAGUUAUACGUGCUUGAAAAAAUUACAAACUAAAGAGAGCGGACUUGUUCGCGCGUAGGUAAUCACAAACCUAGGAUGCCUUGUGCUAUCUCGGCUCUGCUCUAUUGGCACUGUUCGGCCGAUUAGUCAGCCGGCCGGCCGUCCAAUUAUUCGUACGGCAUGCGCGCGGCAGUGAGGCUUCUUUUGCCGGCUUUCGUUUACGACCAUCGCUCAUUAACUGCCGGUUAUCUGCGAGCAAGGUCCACCAGCGCCUCGGUCUGAGCCGUCGUCAGUAUAACUUGCCUACGCCAAUUCUAUCGAAGACCUCUAUCUGAUAAUCACGCACGCAACAAUGCUGCAUCUCUUCGAAAAUAUUCUGUACAUCCCAAAGCUGUAUUAUGGUGCACUGCUGGGCAUUGGCUUCUGUAUCUAUUAUCUCUGCGAGGUCGUUAAGACACCUUUAUUAGUUUGUGCCGAUGGACCAUUCCGCUUAUUUUUGGAAGUAAAUGUCCCGCUUGUACGAAAUAAAUUCUGGCCGACAUUAUGGUGCUUCGAAUCGCGAGCACAAACUAUUAUGGCCAGCAUCUUAAGAUCUCGAAUAUGGCCACUUGUCGAAUAUCGCAGGGAAAUUUUAACUUUGUCCGACGGAGGCGAAGUGGCUUUAGAUUGGGCCGAAAAAGAUUGUUCCAUUACUUCGCCGAUCGUUAUCAUUUUACCUGGUCUUACGGGCGGUAGUCAAGCGGAAUAUAUUAAGUGCCUAGUGUCAGCCGCGAAAAAAUGUGGGAUACGAUGUAUGAUUUUCAACAAUAGAGGUUUAGGCGGAAUGACACUCAAGACCCCGCGAACAUAUUGCGCUGCAAACUACGAUGAUUUAACUGAAGUUAUAGAACACGUGAGAAAACUUUAUCCUCAUGUACUCCUGGGGGCAACUGGAAUCUCUAUGGGAGGGUUGAUCCUAGGUAAUUAUUUAGCGCAAGAAGGCUUAGCAGCAAGAAAUAAAUUGAAAGCAUGUCUUAUUAUUUCGGUGCCAUGGAACGUGUUCGCUGCAACGAAGAACACCGAAGAAAAUUACUUUAAUCUAAUGCUGAAUAAGUAUCUAGCCGGUAAUCUAUGUCGCACACUACAAAAAUAUAAAACCUCUGGCGUUAAUUUCUUCAAUGUGGAUAUCGACACAACUCUUAAGAGCCAAACAGUAAGAGAAUUCGAUUCUAAUUUUACGACAAAACAAUUUGGAUACAAUAACGUCGAAGAGUAUUAUCGAGAUGCUUCGUUGAACGACAAAUUGCAUCUGAUCGAAGUUCCAACAUUGUGUCUUAGCGCCGCAGAUGAUCCAUUCCAGCCAAUACAAGCAAUACCUCUGAAGGAAAUAAGUAAAAGUAAAAACGUGGCUGUAGUGGUAACAUCACGUGGCGGUCAUAUUGGUUUCCUAGAAGGCGUUUGGCCGAUCAAAGACGAGCAAUAUAUGGGCAAAUUCUUCUCGCAAUUUUUCGCGGGGAUGUUCACUAGCGAUUUCGACUAGCACAAUGUUUAACGUAAACGUGAGAAUCGAGAAACGGUAUCGUAAACGUCAACGUUGACUGACUUACUAUCAUCUGGUAUCAAGAGAUACAUGCUACGAUAUCGUUUAAUUUUCUUCAAGUAGAUUAUCAAAGUCAGGCGAGAGAAAUAAUGCGGCGUGCCGCUUAACUGUUUGCGUUGAGCGCGACUGAACAAUGACGAGAAAUAAUCAAAAAACAAGAAAAAAAGGAAACACGGAAAGAGAGAGAAAAAUAAUAGCAAUUGUAAUAUUUACUCUAGUAUAACAAUUUCUUAUCAUUUUUAUAUGAUACUGUAAUGUAAUACUUGGGAUUAAAUAGUUGGACAUUAGAUUCGAAUGUCUACUUUGUACAAAACAAUUAUAUAGAAAAUGGAUUAUUGUUCACUCA